UUAAAAACAGGAGAAGGAAUUUAAAAAAAAAAAAACAGUGUUCGGUGUAGUAUUGUAAUGUGUGGUUCUGUUUCAAUCUCGAAAAGAUCAUUUCUGGUUGGUUGGCCUCUCUCAGGUUCUUCUUAUCUUCUCUCCUUCUCACUUUAGCUUUGCGGUACAGAAGCUUCCUUCCUUUUUUGGCCCUUUUUUUUAUAUGAUCAAAAGUCUGCAUUUUUAUUUUGGUUAUUUAUAUCUUUUGGUUGUUUUCCUCAAAUGGGUUGAGUGUUCUUCCUUUUAUUAGUCUUUUGUGGUUGGGAUCACUCCAAAAGUGGCUUUGCAUUCUCAGAGUCUUUUAAAGUUCUUUAAGCGAUGAGCUUCUGAAACCGACAUGGUUCCAGUUAGAGUUGAGAAUCCAGACAACUCAUUGGCUACUUGUCGGUUUCUAGUUAGUAGCUUUCCGUGGAUGAUAGAUGGAAGGCUCUUCAAACUCCAACUCUAGAGGCUUCUUCAAUACCUCUGGCGUUUCAGACAGGAACUCACCACCUACAUCUCGUUCCAAGCCUUCUUCAUAUCAUCAUGUUGAUGAUGAUUCUUUAGGGAUCGAUGACGACCCUUUUGUUAGAUCCUUGGAAUGGGGCGAUGUCAGCUUGAGACAGUGGCUGGACAAGCCCGAACGCUCAGUGGACGUUUACGAGUGCUUGCACGUUUUCAGACAGAUCGUGGAGAUCGUGAGCGCGGCUCACUCUCAAGGCUUUGUUGUUCAUAACGUUAGACCAUCUUGCUUCGUCAUGUCUUCGUUUAACCACGUCUCUUUCAUCGAGUCCGCUUCUUGCUCUGACUCCGGGUCUGAGGACGGUCCUGUUAGCCACCAGAAGAAGAAGGAAGAGAAAGUAUCCUACGACAAGAUCUUGGAGAGACAGAUCGAGAAGCUGGAGGAAGAAGAAGAGAAGAAGCAGAAGCAACGUUUCCCGAUGAAACAUGUGUUAGCGAUGGAGACGAGUUGGUAUACAAGCCCUGAAGAGGAGUUUGGUUCUCCGAGUACUUGUGCUUCGGAUGUCUACCGUCUUGGGGUUCUUCUUUUCGAGCUGUUCUGUCCUGUGCCUUCGAGAGAAGAGAAGUCAAGAACUAUGUCUAGUUUAAGACAUCGUGUACUUCCGCCUCAGAUACUGCUCAAAUGUCCUAAAGAAGCUUCUUUCUGCUUGUGGCUACUUCAUCCCGAGCCAAGUUGUCGACCAUCAAUGAGUGACUUGAUGCAGAGUGAGUUCAUGACCGAACCAAGAGAUAACCUGGAAGAACGUGAAGCAGCGAUAGAGCUUAGGGACAAAAUCGAGGAACAAGAGUCGUUGCUCGAGUUCUUGCUAAUGAUUCAACAGAGAAAGCAGGAGUCUGCGUAUAGAUUGCGCGACACCGUUUCACUUCUUUCUUCGGACAUCGAGCAAGUUUCCAAGAGACAGUUGGUUUUGAAGAAAAAGGGAAGCUCACACUCUGAUCUCAGCAGAGAUCAGAGUUUGCUGAGCUUCCCUGAAGAGCCUACUAGUAUGACGUUACUGGCUUCAAGAAAAAGGUUUAGACAAGUGAAGACUCCACCAGAGGAAACCGGCGCCAAAGCUGAUGAUGAGGAGAGUAGUCAAGGAAGAAGCACGUUUCUCGAAAGCUCCCGGUUGAUGAGGAACUUCAAGAAGCUAGAAACUGUCUACUUUCUCACGAGGCGCAGGCAGCUGAAAGCUUCUGCUGCUGCUUCAGGGAAGUCGUUAACUAGACAUUCACCGUUGAGUAGCGAAAAUAGAAGCUCGGUAAGCAACCCUGCAGCAGCAGCACCCAAAGAUUUCAACAGUAAUGAUAAUUCGAGACAAGGCGGGUGGAUAGAUCCAUUCCUUGAGGGUCUGUGCAGAUACUUAUCGUUCAGUAAGCUCAGAGUGAAAGCAGAUUUGAAGCAAGGAGACUUGUUGAACUCUACCAACCUUGUUUGCUCCCUUGCGUUUGACCGAGAUGGAGAGUUUUUCGCCACUGCUGGUGUCAACAAGAAGAUCAAGAUAUUCGAGUGUGACUCCAUCGUAAACAAUAACCGGGACAUUCACUAUCCGGUUGCGGAGUUGGCUAGCCGGUCAAAGCUGAGCAGUGUGUGUUGGAACAGCUACAUAAAGAGUCAGAUUGCAUCAAGUAACUUUGAAGGCGUGGUUCAGAUAUGGGAUGUUGCAAGAAGCCAAUUGGUUACAGAGAUGAAGGAGCACAAGAAGAGAGUAUGGUCCAUUGAUAUUUCAUCAGCAGACCCUACUUUGCUGGCUAGUGGAAGCGAUGAUGGAACCGUUAAGCUAUGGAGUAUCAAUCAGGGCGUUAGCAUUGGAACCAUCAAGACAAAGGCUAAUGUAUGUUGUGUCCAGUUUCCAUCAGACUCAGGACGGUCUUUAGCAUUCGGUUCUGCAGAUCACAAAGUGUAUUACUAUGAUCUUAGGAACCCCAAGAUUCCUCUGAGCACAAUGAUUGGUCAUAGUAAGACAGUGAGUUAUGUCAAGUUUGUGGAUUCAUCUACUCUUGUGUCUUCUUCUACUGAUAACACACUAAAGCUUUGGGACUUAUCCAUGUCUGCCUCUGGUGUUAAUGAAACCCCUCUUCAUUCAUUUGCUGGACACACUAAUCUAAAGAACUUUGUUGGCUUAUCGGUCUCUGAUGGGUAUAUAGCUACUGGCUCAGAGACUAACGAGGUUUUCGUGUACCACAAGGCAUUCCCGAUGCCGGUUAUGUCGUACAUGUUCAGCAACACUGACUCUACUUCUGGUCUAGAAGUUGAUGAUGCAUCACAGUUCAUAUCGUCCAUCUGCUGGCGAGGACAGUCGUCCACGUUAGUCGCUGCUAACUCCAAUGGCAACAUCAAGAUUCUGGAAAUGGUGACAUGAAGAAGUCUCUGGUAAGAGAUCUGUUUUGUUUGGAGUACUUACUAUAGGAUAAAACAAAUUGUUACCAAAAAAAGAAUAGGAUUUGUGUAUAGAAAGGGAGGAUACAAAUAUUGAAUCUUUGUAUUUGUAUACUUAUGUUUAUACAAUGAAACACAUCUCAAUAAGAAAAAAAAGAUUAUAAUUUUUA